CCGCCAGACUGAAAUCCGGAGCACUCGGGCUUCAAAGUUCAAGAAGGUGACGAUCGAAGGGAUUGCGGAAGGUGAGGCGCAAGGGGAGGCGGUCUUGUUUUGUGGCAGCUGGUUGAUCGCUUGGGCCGGUUCUUGAGGAAUCUUUCGCCUCAUCAAUCUUGUGUCGUUGAGGUGGCAAAGAUAGCCGACGUUUGUGGGUAGUGUAGGAACAGCUUCGGCAGUACAUUUGGGACCACAAAGAUGGCGACCGUGGGGCUUGUCAGCCGGUCGUCCACGUUGAGCAGAGGCGCCGUCCAGACGGGUGCACAACUGAAGAGUGUGCCGUUGAGCAAUGGCGCCCCGUGCACCCCUUUCCUCCCCAGCAGCCGGUCGCUGUGCAAAGUGCCGAUGGCAGCGAGAGCCGCCAGGGCGGGAGUAACAAUGGCAGUUGCUGAAGCAGAACCCGAGAUCGAGCGGUUUCGGUUGAACAACUUGAAGCCCCAGCCUGGUUCUCGGAAGCGCAAGACCCGCAAGGGGCGUGGUAUUGCAGCGGGGCAGGGCGCGAGCUGCGGGUUCGGUAUGAGGGGACAGAAGUCGCGGUCGGGCUCGGGAACCAGGCCCGGUUUCGAGGGAGGUCAAAUGCCGCUGUACCGGAGGCUGCCAAAGCUGCGGGGUAUUGCUGGAGGUAUGCCCAAGGGUCGGACCACGCAUGUGGCCGUCAACUUAGAAGAUAUCGUUGCCCGCGGCCUGGCCGUGAAUGGCGGGCAGAUCUCUCGGGAGAGCCUUAUUGCCAACGGCCUGAUCAAGCCGUCUGGAAAGGAGCGCAAGCUUCCCCUAAAGGUGUUGGGUGACGGUGACUUGACAGAGAGCUUCACCAUUGAGGCGGGUUCCUUCUCGAAGACCGCCAAGGCGAAGCUCGAGGCAGCGGGUUGCAACGUUGUGCAACUGCCUGGAAAGGUUAAGUGGACGAAGAAGGCGUACUUCAAGAAGUUGCGGUAUGAGGAAAUGUUGAAGAACAAGGCAAAGGCGAAAGACGCAUAGGUACUCGGAAGGGAUAAGGUUGGAGUUAUUGGUGGUACUUUUGUGAAUCUCGAAGACAGCCUCCUUUUAAUUGUGACAUCUCAAACGGUUCUCUUAACAACGGGAUGCAAACGAUGGAGCUUUCGAUUGGUGCAUCUGAAUCCAUGACGCUUGCCAGCCUGGAUC